AUGGUCAACUUGUUCAAGCGGCUCCGCAAGCUGCAAACUAUUCUCCAAACCAAGGUCGGCACCGGUGCCGCGAUUUUCCCUACCCUCGCAUCCGCAUCAACAGAAUUCCCAGCCGUCACCAGACUCCACCUCACAUAUGCUCAAAAGAUCGACAAUGGUCACGGCGGCGCACGGCAUUUCUGGCGCAAAUGUCUCCCCCGACUGAAAUACCACAACCCCGGCGUGAGCAUGUCAGUAAAGCAGACCCAAGACCAGAGCGGACCUGCAGCAUUGACACUCUACUUUGCGGGUGAGAAGGCCGGCAGCGCCGCCAUCGCCCUGGCAAAUGAGCGCAAGAUCACAGACUCUCUGGCACCUGCCGCCGAGGCUGGUGAGAAGUCUGUCGUUCUCGAUAUCCGAAACUACACAUACAAGCAAAUCUGGGAUCGUGUGCAGGUUAUGACGAACGCGAAGGUGGUCAACCCCACUGGUGAGGAUGUGGCCAUGCAGCAGAAGUUGGACGCUAUUGAGAAGAAGUCCGGGCCUGAUCGCCAGCGCAUCCAGGCUAUCCGCCAAGCGAAGAAGGACCAGGAGCGCAUGCUUGCCAUGGCUCGGGGUGAGGUGGACAAGGUUUAA